AUGAUCGAAAGUGGCGUAACGAAGGCGGCCACAGUUGCAAGAAUUAUUCCACGAGUUAAUGCUUGGGGUGUCACGGGAACACCAGUCAAGGACAGCGUUGAGGAUCUUCGUGGUUUGCUAUUGUUUCUGAGACACCAUACCGACUCCUUCCGCGAGCUCUUCGGCCAAAUUUCAAUGCGGCACACCAAGCGUCUUGUUCGCAAUGAGAUUACAAUCCCACCACAGAAGCGCUAUGUCAUCACUAUGCCUUUCACCGCCGUGGAAGAGCAGCACUACCAAACCCUAUUUGAGCAAAUGGCGGAAUCCUGUGGGCUAAACACACUGGGCGAACCUCUCUCCGAGGAUUGGGAUCCAGAGGAUCCCGCAGUCCUUGAAGCGAUGCGGACUGCUCUGGACCGAUUACGACAGACAGCGUUACACCCAGAAGUUGGCCAUCGCAACCGGCGUGCACUGGGCCAUCGAAAUGGUCCGAUGCGAACGGUAGCAGAAGUCCUUGAGGCUAUGAUCGAACAAAGCGAGAUCUCCAUGAGAUCAGAUCAAAGAGCUUUCCUUUCCAUCAGGCUUACACGAGGGCAAUUGUUGGAGAAUUCGCCGCGCGUCAAGGAAGCCCUCGCUAUCUGGGAGGAGGUCCUGGAAAGCAGUAACUCAAUUGUGUCAGAAUGCCGCGAUCAGCUCAAGCUUGAGCUAGAGCAGGCACAACCAGCGAAAAGUAGCAAUGCCCAGGCUCAGGAAGACGAAGACGAGGAUGACCUUGAUGAAGCCAUGGCUGGCCGGGUUGGAGAUGCCCGCAGGCGACUCAGGUCCGCGCUCGAAAUUCAGCACAAGGCCGUUUUCUUCAUCGCGAGUGCGCAUUACCAGAUAAAGGUGAACGAAGACUGGACGAAACCAGAUUCUGAAGAAUUCCAAAAACUGGAAAAACUAGAAGUCGACGGCUAUAAUCUAGCGAAAAAGCUUCGCAAAGAAAUCCUCAAGGAGAGCCACCGCAAGGCUGCUCGGUCGAUGCAGGACAUUGCUGACUCCGCGUUAGGACAGACCUUUGUGGUGAUUCCAGAGUUCAAGAGCCUCCCCGAGAGUGGAAUAGAGAGCCGCUCUAUCAUAGAGGAGCUCCAAGAUCUUGGAGAGGCGCUCAACGAUCAAGCUAAUCAACUCGAUGACUGGCGAGAGCACCUUGUACAGCUUCUGCUGAAGCCGCUUGUCGAUGAGGAGGAUCAGGACAAAGAGAUCACGGGAGAAGAAUUUGAAGAAUCAACAAAGCUACAAGAGGAGCUUGUUGUGUAUGUUCAGGCCGUCCGCACCACCAUUGCUGACCGGCAGGAUGCUCUGUCUGGCCAGGUCAAUGAGCUUGUGAGGCACGAGACAAUAGUGUCUGUGAGGCAAGCAAAGGAUGGCCUUGGACCAUUCCCGGAAAAGCUUCUGGAACUUUUACAAACCCUGGCCACUACCUUAGAGCAAGAAAUGGAUCGCUUCACAACAGCUAUGAAUGCUCGUGUAGAGUAUUACCGACAACUUCAGGCCGUAUCUGAUAUGCUGGAAUCCUACAGUGGACCGAAGACUGAUGUUGCCAUGAAUGCUCUCAUCGCAGACGAGGAACAGCUACGUAAAAAGCUUGGGCAAGCCGAAUCCAAGCACCGAUACCUAAUACAUUUGAAGGAAGCUGAUUCCAAGGCCGAUGAGCAGAGAAUGUGUGUCAUUUGUCAGUCCACCUUCACCGUCGGUGUCUUGACCGUUUGUGGCCAUCAAUUCUGCAAGGACUGUAUUAUGCUCUGGUUUAAGGCCCAUCACACCUGUCCUGUUUGCAAGCGACGUCUUCAAGCCUCUAACCUUCACGACAUUACUUUGAAACCGCAAGAACUGAGAGUACACACUGAGAUGGCUGGACCAACUUCCGCCCAAGAUGCCCAUCGCAGCCCAGGAUCUAAGAAGUCGACCAUCUAUUCGGAGUUCAGUUCUGAGAAACUUGAAGAGAUCAAAAACAUUGACCUGGAUGGACCUGCUUUCACAACGAAGAUUGACAAUCUUGUUCGUCAUCUUUUGUGGCUCAGAGAAUCAGAUCCUGGAUCCAAGUCCAUUAUUUUCUCUCAGUACCACGACUUCUUGAACGUUCUUGCGAUGGCAUUCGGUCGCUACCGCAUAGGGUUCACAUCAUUCGACAAGCCAAAUGGCCCUACGCGAUUUAAAGAAGAUCCAGGCAUUGAAUGCUUCCUCCUACACGCACGCGCGCAUGCAAGUGGAUUGAAUCUCGUCAAUGCCAGCCAUGUUUUCCUGUGCGAACCACUUGUGAACACGGCACUAGAGCUGCAGGCCAUCGCUCGUGUGCACCGUAUCGGCCAGGAGCAGGAGACGACGGUAUGGCUGUACAUUGUCGACGGAACGGUUGAGGAGUCUAUCUACAAUCUCUCUGUGCAACGCCGCAUGGAACACAUGGGCAGAACUCAAAAUGAGAAGUCCAAACAAUCCACCCCUGAGCUGCUAGACGUGAACCUUGAAGCAGCGAACUCCAUAGAACUGGAGCAUGCGUCGCUCUCCAAGCUCAUGAGCAAGGGCAAGACGGCCGGAGAAGCUGUCGAUAAAGGAGAUCUGUGGGACUGCCUCUUUGGCCAUGUUGUUCGUUCGAGGUCCGUGGACGAGGACCGUCUGCGAAACGAUCCGACAGUAAGGGGCUUCCUAGCCGCCGAGGCUGCUGAGGAGCGACGUAAGAACCAGCCCCUGCACCUAGUUCAUGGACUAUGA